UACUGAUUUCCAUCGCCUGGUAUGGAGAGAAGCUUAGUUGUACAGAGAAAAUGCUCCUCACUUUGAAGAUCUCAUUUGAAGGGCCAAUGGAGAAAAGCCCUGAAAUAAAAGAUAUUUCAGAGAACAAAGAGAGGAAACAUACAGACCUCAGAAAGAAAGAAUCUGCUCUGCUCUACCUGCAGUCUUGGUGAGGCAGGGCAUCAUAGGAAGAGGAACAUCAAUUUUUGGGCGACAAGUACUGAUGCAGAGGAAGGGGGAAGACAAGACUUGAUCAUCUAAGAAAGUGUGCAAGUUCUCAAGUGAAGAUCUGAGAAGACAAGAGAGAGUCCUCUGCAAGGGGAACCGUCACUGUGUCUGCCUGAGAGUGCUCCGAAAUCCAACACCUGAAGUUGCAUCGCAGGCACCCUGAGGAAGAGACACCAUUAAAGACUGGCAACAUGGAUGUCUGAAACAACGAGCACCAGAGAGGAGAAGAAACCUCCUCUGAAUGGGAGAAGAGCCCUCCCGGCAAACAACUCCAAUGAUGAAGAAAAUGAGGUCCCCGAGGUGGAUCCUUUUGGGUUGAUACCUAGAGGAUUUAAUCCUAAAGAUUACCUGCGUGUUGUGGAUAUUUAUAUGUUCAAGGACCCCCAUGAGAUCAACAAGCAGCAGCACCACACUGACAAGUACUACAAUCCCAAGCUGAUAGUGCGUCGGGGACAGCCUUUCCAAAUCCAGAUUGACUUCAAUCGACCUUACAGGCCAGAGACAGACCAAUUCUGGCUGGAGUAUUUAAUGGGUCGCUAUCCACAGCAAAACAAAGGCACCUACAUCCCAAUCAUAGUAGGUAAUGUGCUGAAACCAGGUGAGUGGGGAGCCAAGAUUAUUCAUAGGGAGAACAACUCCAUUCGCCUGUCCAUCAUGUCCUCUGCCACCUGCAUCAUUGGGAAGUUCCGCCUGUAUGUUGCCGUCUGGACUCCCUUUGCCAUCCUUCGGACACGCAGAAACCCUGCAACCGACACGUACAUCCUGUUCAAUCCCUGGUGCCAGAAGGAUGCCGUGUAUCUGGAUGAUGAGAAAGAAAGGGAAGAAUAUGUCCUGAAUGAUGUUGGUAUUGUUUUCCAUGGAAAUGUUGAAGAUGUAAAAUCAAGAAGCUGGAGUUAUGGUCAGUUUGAAGAAAACAUUCUGGAUGCUUGCCUGUUCCUGAUGGAUAAGGCAGAACUGGAGCUCUCUGGGCGUGGAAACCCAAUCAAAAUCUGUCGUGUUGCCUCUGCAGUGAUCAACUCCAGGGAUGAUAAUGGUGUGAUUGCUGGAUCCUGGAACAAUUCAUAUGAUUAUGGUGUUGCACCUUCAGCCUGGACAGGAAGUGUGGACAUUCUCUUGGAGUAUUACAGUUCUAAGCAACCUGUGCGAUACGGCCAGUGCUGGGUCUUUGCUGGUGUCUUCAACACAUUCCUGAGAUGCUUGGGGAUACCUGCAAGACUCAUCACCAACUACUCUUCUGCCCAUGAUAACAAUGCCAAUUUACGGUUGGACUUCUUUCUGGAUGAGGAAGGAAAAGUGGACACCAAACUUACAAAAGACUCUGUCUGGAAUUAUCAUUGCUGGAAUGAAGCUUGGAUGACCAGACCUGAUCUUCCUGUUGGUUUUGGAGGAUGGCAGGUUGUUGACGGGACACCUCAAGAAACCAGUGAUGGUAUGUACAGGUGUGGUCCAGCCUCAGUUCAAGCCAUUAAACAUGGUCAUGUUUGCUUCCAAUUUGAUGCUCCUUUUGUCUAUGCUGAGGUGAAUAGUGACAUUGUUUUCUCAAGAAUGGAGAAAAAUGGAACCCAAGUGAUAGAAAAAAUUGACACAACCCAUAUUGGGCAGUUGAUUGUGACCAAGGAAGUUGGAGGUGAUGGAAUGGUGGAGAUUACUGAGGAGUACAAGUUCCGAGAAGGCUCAGAUGAGGAGAGACUGGCUCUAGAGACUGCUGUGAUGUAUGGAGUUAAAAAGCAAACUACCCGAGAUACCACGUAUCAGCCGCAAACAGAUAUUGACAUGGACUUCCAAGUGCAAAAGGCAGUCCUUGGCAAUGACUUUAAAGUCACUAUAACUUUCAGGAACAGAAGUCACAACUCCUACACUGCUACUACCUACCUUUCAGGCAACAUAGUGUUUUAUACAGGAGUCCCAAAAAGUGAAUUCAAGAAGCACUCUUUCAGUGCAAAACUGGAACCGUCUUCAUCUAGCUCUUUCGAUGUUGUGAUCAAAUCCAGUGAGUACAUGAGUGAUCUGCUGGAGCAAGCCUCCUUUCAUUUCUUUGUGACUGCACGGAUCAAUGAAACGGGGAAGAUUCUGGCCAUGCAGAAGGCGACCAUCCUGGAAAUUCCCACCCUGCGGAUCAAGACCAAAGGUGAGCUGGUAGCUGGUAAAGAAAUGUCCGUGAUUGUGGAAUUCACCAAUCCUCUGAAACAAACCUUGGAGAACGUCACACUCCGCCUCGAGGGACCUGGUGUUCUGAGAACGAUAAAAAAGGAGUUCAGGAGUAUCCCAAUGAAUUCUACAUUGACCUGGGAAGUAAAAUGCAUCCCAAUGCGACCAGGCUUGCGAAAGCUGAUUGCAAGCCUGAAUUGUGAUGCUUUGAGGCAUGUGUAUGGUGAGCUGAAUGUCCAGAUUCAGAAACCAUGAAACAAGGUGCUGCCUUCUUCUCCCAUUUAGCUGUAUUUCAAAAUAUCAUGGUAAGGGUAUGGCAGAGGAAGAGGUGUAAAUUUGCUUAGUGUUAUUUUGGUCAUCCUUGCAUUGAAAAAAAAUUGAUAUAGAAAACUAAUUGGCAAGGCUGGGGAGAGCAUGAAAAAGCACCUGGAUAGUGAAUGAUUUAAAAUGUAAUUAAAGGCAAUUCUAGGUCAUAUUAUUCCUAUAGUUCACCUGUAUUUAUGGUCUUUUGUAUUACUGCUUCAAGAGAAUUUGAAAAGCUCCAUUCAGCUCCAUUCAUGUUUUAAUUAAGGCCUGAUAUUUCACUGAAAAGGGAAUAAAAAAAAAAAGAACCCAGUAUUAUAAAUGCUUAGACUGAAUUACACAACAUUAUGGUAGAUCAUUCAGGCUGCAAUAGAAAUGAGUAUUUCUAGCUAAAGGGUCUGCUUUAUCUUACAAUGUAAUAAUGUUCAGGUUCAUAGAGAGCUGGCUUUGCUGGAAGUAUCUCAGGAUGUGUUAUCUCCAGAAUAUUCUCAGCCUCUUGUUUCCUCUUGCAGCUUCCCUAUGCUUUUUCUCCUACUCUUUCAUGUGUGCAGCCACCCACACAUACUCACUUCUGUAUUCCAUACCCUCAUCCCACCCCGUGUGCUGUUGAUAUGCUGUUCUUCUUCUUUGCUUGGUGAAAAUCCCUGCUCAGAAUUCAUCACACCAAACUUGCAUUUUCUGGUGUAUCACAUCUCUUGUGUUCUCCCUUCUUCACCCUUUUCUGUCUUUUUUCCUCUCCUGAACCCACUCUGUAAACCCAUUUCCCCUCAUGAGCAUGUAUUGGGGGUGUCCAUCACCCCAGAGCAGUUCAGAUUGUUAAAUGAGGUGAAGAAGAGAGGAGUGGAGGGGGGAGCCUGAGAGUCUUCUCCUGCCAGUCCCACAACCCUAACAAAUAUCCUGCACUGGAGCUGGGGGUGAGUUUAGACCAAAAAUCUGGAGAUGAGUUUAGAUUAAAAAGUGCCUGAAAGUUCCCAGGAAUCAUGGCUACUUCAAAGUGAAGUCCUGUUACAAGAGUAACCCCAGAAAUACAUAGCUCAGCUGGAAAAGGAAUAAAGAUGUAUCCUGAGAGUCAGAAAUUCCACAAGCUGGAUCUGCUUCCUGCCUUUCUCAUGGCAUGUUCCUCUGUGAGGUGCAGUGGGGCCUCCUAAGGCAUCGCUCCUCCCUUGAGGACCUUCUUGCCCAGAAGCUGCUCUGAAUCUGUCGUUUCCAGUAGUUUUCCAUUCAGAGUACUGCUCCAUACUAAGCCAUGUACCCCACUGCGCUAGGGCACCAGGGGUGGGGGUGGGUGUUCAUUUCUCAUCUUCCCUAAAAUACUUUUUGGGAUCUUUUUCCCACAAGACAAAGGUGCAACUACUCUCCACUGGGCACAGUGUGUAAGAGCAUAUCCUGUACGAACAGCACGGGUGAACUAACUGAAUUUCUAAAGAAGUCAAAAGGAACCUCUUGCUCUUUAAACAUUGGGGGGUUGUUGUACCACGUAUGGCCAUGGCAUUUGGUGGUCUCAGUGAAAAGCUCCCUUGUUGCCACACAUUGCCCACAUUGCCUCCUGCAAAACCUGUGACCAGCUGUUAAAAAUAAGCAAGUCCUGGAGGGGGGAGAACUGCAGGCUGUUAUUUUACUAAAGUGUGUGGAACAAAGCAAAAAUUCAUAACACCUCGUAUACUCAGGGAGUACCCUUGGAUCCAGGAAAAUCAGACUUUUUGGGGCUUUCAUGUCAGGCCUGGGCACACUCUCAUUUUGUACAGCUUAUGUGACCACAUUAGAAACUUUGCAAUGUCGAAGCCUCCCAUAUAAGUCCUCUGGGGUACAAGAGACUAUUGUAAGUGCAAGGUGACAAUCUAUAUUAAGAAAUUAAGCAGUUUUACCAGGGUCUACAUCUUCUAAUAAAAUUAUCCAUUUGCUCUUGCAUAUAAACCUGCUUUCCAUUCCAAACAUUGUAUAAAUACAGUGUAAUAAGAAUUUAAAAUAAAGUGUGUCUGUUUGCA